AUGAGCCUGGGGAAGCUGCCAGUGCUGAGCUGGGUGUCAGGCUCCCACGGCAAGCGGCGGCUGAAGUCAGAGCUGACACCGGACAUGAUCAGCCCGCCGCUGGGGGACUUUCGGCACACCAUGCACGUGGGGCGUGGUGGGGAUGUCUUCGGGGACACCUCUUUCCUCAGCAACCAUGGUGGGGCUGACACAGCCAAACCCAACAACUUCUUCGCCCGAACACUGAGGCACGUCCGCCGGACGCCGCUGAGGAACCGGGGUGGUGGGGGUCAAGCAGGGGCAUCACCCGCCCCACCAACUGUCUCGCCCGUCUCUCUGCCUCAGCUCAAUGAGGGAAUGUACGACAGUGGUGGUGGCCGGGGCUUGACCAGCAAGUUCUCCUUCAAAAGUGCCUCCAACAGCUUCUCCAAAACACACCAGACCUACGGGCUGGAGUCUGGGUUCUGCACCAUCCCUCGCGUACCUCGCUUGGAAAAGGCCCAAGAGAACACUUUCUCCGGGGAAGACGAGCUGGACCGCUCGGACUCCCUGCUCUCCUUCCGCCUGGACCUGGGGCCCUCCCUGAUGAGCGAGCUCCUCCAGGUGAUGAGCUUCUCUGAAACCAACGGGAGCGAGGUGGGGGAGGAUGGCCCACACCUCCCAUGUGGUGAGGGGACCAAGGAUGAGGUCCCUCCAACAUCGAGUGUGUCCCACGGAGAGGACAAGGCAAGUUUCAGCUUCUGGGACCGCUCUGGGCAGAGCCGCCUGUCGGGGGCCAGCUCACUGCCAGGGCUGUCGGUCCAUGCCAAUGGAGAGGCACAUGCCAUCGAGGGUGCUGGAGAGGACCCUGCCUGGGCUUCAGGGCCGGGGUCAGCGCUCAGAGGGGCCCCAUGGCAGGGGCACUGGAACGACUGCACCAUCGAGGCAGGAGAGUUUGACCGAGCGGCCCAGGUCCUGGCACGCCAUUAUGGUGGAACCAGCACCCCACGGAGCUCGGAGAAGAGCGAGGGUCCCCGGCAGGCCCGGACGCAGACCCUGUGGGAGAGCCCCAGCAGCAGCUUGUGGCGGUCACAAGUGACAGGGGAGAGACAGUCCCCUGAAGCCAUCUGGAACCAAGGAGAGGAGGAGGGAGAGGAGGAAGUGGCCAAGUUCUCCAGCCUGCAGGAGGGGUAUGCCAGUGCCCGGGGAGAGCGCAGCAAUUCCUUUGAGUAUGCUGAUGAGGAGGAUGAGGACGAUGAUGAAGUCAAGGUGUGA